UGGGUACCAACUAUUUCGCUGCGCACUGCCGUGCGUUUGACCCAGGCGAGGAGGAGGAGGAGAAAAUUCCCCCCAGAUCCGGGCAGGUUCCAAUGCCGGCUGUAUUUCUGCCCUUCAGUCUGUCCUUAAGAUGAAGUUCUGACAACAUAAGGAGGGAGAAACAGCUCUGAAUCCUCUGAGGUCUUUCUGCAUUUUGGGCCUUGCACAACUACAGGCCUGUUGGAAAAAGGCAAACUAGUCCUGCUUACAGAAGAUUGGUCCUGCUUGACUUGCAGCGUCUGCAGAACUUAUGAGCCUGAGCUGAAGUGCCUUGCCCUGACGUGCACACAUCGUGCUUGGGCAAGCCAGCUCCACGCCCAGAUCAGAGAAUCAUUCCAGCUACACCAUGAGCCGAGUUCGGGAUGCUGGCUGUGUUGCCGCUGGGAUAGUAAUUGGGGCAAGUGCCUGGUACUGUGUUUACAAAUACACCAGGAGAAGAAACCAGACGAAGAAGAGACUGGCCAAGCCCAAGACAAGGGCUCUGGCUGGGACUGGAGCCAGGGCUAGAACCAGACUAAGGGCUGGAUUCACAAUAGACUUUGGGCCAGGAUUUCAUUCCCCAGCCCCAGUCCACACUGGUACAGAGGACAGGGCCCAGGAUGAAGCCUCAGCCCUGGACGCAGCUGCACUUGAGGUAGCAGUCCCAGCUGCAUCCAGUGCUGAGGCUCAGAGUGGGCCUGGGAGUCAGGCCCUGGAAGCAGAAGGGGCCUGGGUUGGGCCUCAGGCAAAAUCAGUAGUAGGAGCAGAAGUGGCUUCAACAAUGGCACCACCUCCCAGGGAGGCAGAGGCCUCCACAAUGGCAGGGGCUCCCAAACUGGCAAAUGCCCUUGGCACAGCAGAAGCUCCUAGGGCACCAGUGGUGCCUCCCAGGACACCAGCACCUACUGAAGCAGCAGAGGCUCCUGUACUAUCAGGGCUUUCUGAGGCUGCAGAGGCUCCCGGGACCCUGGAGUCCCCUAAAACAGCAGCAGCUGCCAAGAAAGUGACUCCUGGGGCUCAUACUGGGGCUAUACCUAAGGCCGGGUCAGCAACUGGAGCUGUACCCAAAGGUGGGGCCAAGGGUGGAACCAGGUCCCGGACUGGAGGCAAGGGCAAAGGCAAGAAAAACAGCAAGGUUGAAGUAGACCAAUUGGGGCUGGGAUUCCGCCCUGGGGAUGGGGCUGCAGCAGCUGCUGCAGCCUCUGCUAAUGGGGGACAGGCUUUCCUGGUAGAGGUCCCUGAUUCUGAGGAUGGGGAGUCUGGGUGGACUGACACAGAGUCGGAGUCAGACUCUGAGCCUGAAAAUCAGCAGAGAGGGAGAGGGAGGAGACCCUUUCCCAUGCAGAAGCGCCCCUUUCCUUAUGAUAUUGAUGAGAUUCUGGGUGUCCGUGAUCUCAGGAAAGUACUUGCUUUGCUUCAGAAAUCAGAUGAUCCUUUCAUCCAACAGGUAGCUUUGCUCACUCUGAGCAACAAUGCCAAUUAUUCAUGCAACCAAGACACAAUUCGUAAAUUGGGAGGCCUCCCAAUUAUUGCAAACAUGAUCAACAAAACUGAUCCCCACAUUAAGGAAAAAGCCUUAAUGGCCAUGAAUAACCUGAGUGAGAAUUAUGAAAAUCAGGACAGGCUUCAGGUAUACAUGAAUAAAGUGAUGGAUGAUAUCAUGGCCUCAAAUCUGAACUCAGCAGUACAGGUAGUUGGACUAAAAUUUUUAACAAAUAUGACUAUUACUAAUGACUACCAGCACCUGCUUGUUAAUUCUAUUGCAAACUUUUUUCGUUUGUUAUCUCAGGGAGGAGGAAAAAUCAAGGUUGAGAUUUUGAAAAUACUUUCAAAUUUUGCUGAAAAUCCAGAUAUGUUAAAAAAACUGCUCAGUACCCAAGUGCCAUCAUCAUUUAGUUCCCUCUAUAAUUCUUAUGUGGAAUCAGAAAUUCUUAUUAAUGCUCUUACUCUAUUUGAGAUCAUCUAUGACAAUCUCAGAGCAGAAGUAUUCAACUACAGAGAAUUCAAUAAAGGUUCUCUUUUUUAUUUAUGCACUACAUCUGGAGUGUGUGUUAAGAAAAUUCGAGCCUUAGCAGAUCAUCAUGACCUUUUGGUGAAAGUGAAAGUUAUAAAACUAGUUGACAAAUUCUGAUUGGUUAUGUGUCUUCAAAAGACUUGAGGAAAUUCCUUGGUUUUGCAGUCUGGAAGCAAUGAAAAUGGAAAG